UCCCACAUCAGAUGAAUAGCAGUUCUGUUCCAGCAGCUGUACUUUCCCUCCCACCCAGCAAAUUAACUGGAGAGUCCACAGGGCUGCAGAUACUUGGUCUCUUGUGCAGGCUCAAGAGGACCUAGGAGGAAACCUGGGAGGCAAAAGGAUGGGAUCAGAAAGAGAAAUGAUCAACCUUCAUGACUCUAAUCCUGGUUCUAGGGGGGAAAAUAUCAUCAACAUCAACCAUUAUGCUACCAAGAAAAGCGUGGCCGAGAGCAUGCUCGACGUGGCACUGUUCAUGGCCAAUGCCACGCAGCUGAAGGCGGUGCUGGAGCAGGGGCCGUCCUUCCACUACUAUGUCACCCUAACCACGCUCAUCAGCAUUUCCCUCUUCCUCCAGACUGUGAUCGGGAUUCUUCUCAUUGUGAUCGCUCGUCUGAACUUGAACGACGUGACGAAACAGCAGCGUCUGGACUUGCUCAAUAACCUCGCCACGGCCCUGGUCUUCUUUACAGUCAUCUUCAACAUCUUCAUUACAGCCUUUGGGGUGCAGAAGACAGGGCUCUACCCAAGCCCUUACGGUCGGAGAUACUAAGCCUGAGCUGGCAGUAG